AUGUCUCGUAUACCAAGAAAGAACAAACGUACAACUCGAGCUCGCAGCAAAAAUUCGAAAAACAACGAAAUUUCGAUGGAAGACGAUGAACCUGCUGCUGUUCCAGGAAAAGAUCCAAUGAUGGCAUAUGGCGAAAAAGCCAUUCGACUCACUGUAAAUUGGAUAAUCAAAACAAACUCAGCACCUGGUGGAUUAGCUGAUUGGUAUGCAAAACAGAUUCUUGAUUCGAAAGAAUCUUCAAAAUCCGAAUCAAUAUCAGCCAAUUUUGCGGCGAAAAAUCGAAUGGCUGAUUUGCCGUGCAUUGAAACGACAAGAAUCAAAUUGAAGCAUUUGGCAGACGGCCAAAAAGAUUAUAUUCAUGCGAAUUUGGUGAAAACAAUCUAUGCCGAACGGACUUAUAUUGCAACACAACAUCCUAUGGAAUCGACUUUUGAAGAUUUUUGGAGAAUGGUUUUCUAUGAAAAUGUUGACACAAUUAUCGCCGUUUUUGCGCAGGUUAGAAGAGUUCAUAAGAUGAAAAUUUGAAUUUUUCAUCGAAACGGCGAUGGUUCAAUGGAGCGCAUUUGCUGUUUUGAGUUAAAAUUCAAUGAGUUUUCAACUGAAAAAAGGCAAAGUUCCCCUAAUUCCACAUAUUUUUUUACAGGAAGACGAUCUCCCGCUUUAUUUCCCUAAUGAAGCUGGCAAAUUCGCCAACUACGGUAAAUUCUUUGUGAAUAAUCGUAAAGUGACCCAACCAACUGUCAAAUAUACACCAGUUAUUCAUCAAAUCGAAAUUUUGCCCGAAGGUUGUUCAAAUAGUCGAAUCAUCACACUACUUCAUUAUGGAUAUUGGCCAAAAAAUCAAUUUCCAGUCAGUCCACGAAUUGUUAUGAAAACAUUGAGAUGUGUUAAAUCGGACAAAACAACAAAUGGACCACUUUUGAUUCAUUGUUCAAAUGGUUUGAAUCGUGUUGGAUGUUUUAUUUUAACCGAUCUCAUGUUUGACUUAGCUUUUCGUAAUAUUGACACGGAUAUUCCGAAAAUGGUCAAAUCCCUUCGUGCACAACGUUUCAACCUUCUCUCAAAUAAACUACACUUUGUAUAUAGUUGCUUUGUAUUCUUGGAUUAUGUUCGAAUUCGUUGCAAAAGAUUUAAUGUUUUCCCGGAUUUACUCAAAGAAAUUAAUGAAUUUGAAGUUAUGAUAAAUAAGGAAAUUGGGCUGCUUUGUGUCAAGGAACCAGCACCGGCGAAGAAUAAUACGAAAAAGGAUUGUACUAUUGAUGAGUAAUAAAUUUAUUGUGAUUGGGUGUUGUUUUUGAAAAAAAAUGAAAAUAAAACAACGACACUCCGCUUGCCUGUUGUUUAUCGUAUUUCGACAAAGCGGCAUUUUGAAUUGGGUUUUCUUUUUUUCAGCGUUUCGAAACGUCUGAAGCGUUUCUCUAUCUAAAAUCCUAUAGAAAAUACAUUUAUUAAAAGUCAAGUCAUGAUUUCCGCCAAACAAACCGCCCCCAAAAACUCUUCUAAUCAAAUUGCGUUCCUCCAGUGAAAACCUGUUUUUAAAUACAAAAUAACAUUGGUCCGCGAGUCAAAAGCGGUUGAAUUCAACAAAAACAACAUAAUUUUCAAAUCAAAAUCUUUAUUCAACAAGGAAAACAACGAAAAACUAGCGAACAAACAUUUCGAAAAUGAAAAAAAAACAAAAACAAAACAACGACACUCCGCUUGCCUGUUGUUUAUCGUAUUUCGACAAAGCGGCAUUUUGAAUUUGGUUUUCUUUUUUUUUUUCAGAGUUUCGAAGCGUUUCCCUAUCUAAAAUCCGAUAGAAAAUACAUUUAUUUAAAAAAUCAAACCAUGAUUUCCGCAAAAUAAUCAUAUUUUUUGAAAAACUUUUCUGAAAAUAACACGAAAACCGGCAAAAUGAAGCAAUAUGUGACAUUAUUGAAAUCACAGCUAGAAAAUCGAGAAAUAAAAACUUCGAUAAUUGUUCGAAUCAUCAGUGAAACAAUCAGGGGAACCAUAAAACAAUGUGCAUAGAAUUUCAAGCCUAAAAAUUUGACUGAAACCAGGAAAUAUAGAAAUAACACGGGAUGCAUGUAAAUCUUAUGAGUCUCGUAUUUAAAGUCGUAUUUUGUGUCCACGCAAUAGGUCCUAAACUGUAACUGAAAUAAAUAAGAGCUAGAAAUAUGACAAUAUUUGGGUAAGUUGGUAGAUCCGAGUAUUUUUUCGCGAUAUUUUCUCGAGAAAUUUGGAAAAAUAUUGCAAUUUCUAGGUAGAUACUGGAGGAUUUUUGGAAUAGAACAUCGGAUACAAAGGAAAAGCUGGAAAAAACACUUUUUCUGAAAAAAUAACGAAUUCAAACCGCCGCUCUGUUGAAAUACGAUAAACAACAGGCAAGCGGAGUGUCGUAGUUUUGUUUUUUUUUUUUUUUCAUUUUCGAAAUGUUUUCUCGCGGUUUUUUGUUGUUUUCCUUGUUGAAUAAAGAUUUUGAUUUGAAAAUUAUGUUGUUUUUGUUGAAUUCAACCGCUUUUGACUCGCGGACCAAUGUUAUUUUGUAUUUAAAAACAGAUUUUCACUGAAGGAACGCGAUUUGUGAGUUUUUUGGGGCGUUUUCAAGAAAAUGUUGAAAAAAACCUCGUAAUUUUCUCCGAAAUCGAAUCAUCUUCAUAAAUCGUAUAAGUAUCCUUGAUUUUACAAAAUAUAUCGAGCAUUUUGUUGAGAAUCGAUAGAAAAUUGACCAACCAAAACUCAAAAACAAUAAUUCUCGUUCGAUUUUCCACCAAAAUCUCGUUUUUCGAAUAAAUUUUCGAUGCGAGAAUUGCGCAGAAAAUGAGGCUAGGAAUUAUAUAAGAAAUUUCGAUUAUUGGAUUUCCAACAUACCAAAAUUCAUCUUCGAAGAAUUCCAUAGAGGAAAUAAAAGAAAAUAAAUAAAGACUUUGAAGUUGACAUUUUUGAAAUAAUUAGAGGUUGGCUGAUCAGAAAAUUAAAAAAAAAAGAAAAGUAGCGGGCAGUAGGGAUCGAACCCUGGCUGUUUUCCCAGUAGUCAAUUAACCGGUGCUGUAGUUUGUGGGGGUCCUGAAGGGAAAUUAUUGAUUGGCGUCAAAAAUGGUCGUGGCCUAGUUUUUGCAAAAACCUAGGCCAUGUAGAUUUUCGGCGGGAAAUUUGAAAUAUUCAAAAAUUCUAAUUUUCUCAUGAAAAUUCAAGUUAGGCCAGGCGGAUUUCUAGAGGAAAAUUUGAAUUUUUGAAUCUUAUGGCCUAGGUUUUGUGAAAGUUAGGCCAUGUCGAAUUUUGGACUUUCUAAAUUGAAGAGCACCAUUUUUUUGAAACAGUGAACAUUUUCACAGUUUCACAAUUUUUUUAAAUAAAAAAAAAUUGAUUUUUAAUUGAGCCCCGCCCCCAAAAAAAAUCAAAUUUUCUCUCCAGAAUCCCAUUGUGGAAUCACUGAUCGUUCUUCUUGUUCUCGCCGCCGAGUUGGAUAUAUCACAAGUUGGGGUCAAACUCCAUUUCGAGAUGAUCAGGCCCAAAAAUUGACACAUUUGGUUUUCGCGUUUUUUGUGGUUGGAUCGGAUGGAAGUGUGAAAUUGGAGGGAGAAAAUGCGAAAAUGAGAUUGGAACAUGUUAAAGAGGUAAGAAGGGUGAUUUUUGGGAUAUUUUUUAUAAAAAAUUUGGUUAGCAUUCAAAUUAGCUACUUUUUGAGAUAAAGAAAUUUUGAAACAGUAAAAUAAUUCUGAUUGUUUUUCCAGAUUUUCAAAAUUUGAAAAUUGAGCAAAAAAUUUAUUGAAUUUUUGAAACAGAGAAUUUUUUCAGAAGAAAAUCGCUGAUUUUCAGAUAUACAGAAAUUUUGAAACAGUGAAAAAAUUCUGAUAUUUUCCAGAUUAUCAAAAUUUGAAAAUUAUGCAAAAAAUUAUAUUGAAUUUUUGAAACAGAGAAUUUUUUGGGAAUUUUUUUCUCGAUUAAAUUUUAUUUUCAACAUUCAAAUUAGCUAGUUUUUUAGAUACAAAAAUUUUGAAACAGUGAAAAAAUUCUGAUUUUUUUCCACAUUAUCAAAAUUUGAAAAUUGAGCAAAAAUUAUAUUGAAUUUUUGGAACAGAGAAUCUUUUCAGAAGAAAAUAUCUGAUUUUCAAAAAUACACAAAUUUUGAAACAGUGAAAAAUUCUGAAUUUUUGAAAUACAAACGCUCAAAAAUUAUUCGAAAACAUUACAAAAUAAUUUUGAAACGUAAUAUUUUUAGGUUUUUUUUCUUUCCCCCCAAAAAAUUUCAAUAAUUUUUGAAACAGUAAAUUUUUUUAUACAUAAAUCCAAUUGCAGGUCGCCUCUCGUCAUCCGCAUCUCAAACUUUUCUACGCAGUUGGUGGCUGGGAAAAUUCGCAAUAUUUUUCGAUUCUGACAGCUGAUCAUGCUAGAAGGUACUGCUGAACUAUUUAAUAAAAAAAAUAAACAAAUUAAAAAAAAAAAUUAAUUUCAGGUCAGUUUUGAUUUCAAAUCUUAUUAGAGUUAUCGAAGAAUACGGUUUUGAUGGAAUUGAUAUUGAUUGGGAAUAUCCGGUGACUGGUGGAGCUGUUGAAGGAACACAGGUCAGAUUUUUUGACAUGGGAAAAAUUUUAAAGAAUUUUUUGAAACAGUAGAAUUUUUUAGUAUAAUUUUUUUCUGUAAUUUUUACAUUAAACUUCAUUUUUCAAAAUAAUUUUCCAGAAGAAUUCGAAAAAAAUUUAAUUAAAGUUUAGUUCAGUUUUUGAAACAGUAGAACUUUUUAAAUUCAAAAAAAAAAUUUAUUGAAAAAAUUAGCUUAGAAGAAUAAGUUGUUAUUAAACAAAAAUCAGACUAAAAAAAUUGAUUUUUCAUGAAAAUUUUGAAACAGCGGAAUUUUUUGGACAUGAAUUUAGUUCUCUUUUCAUCUUUAGCAACAAAAUUCCAAAAAAAUAACAAAAUGUUGAAAAACCUUUGAAACAGUAGAAAUUUUGUGUGCCAAAAUUUCACUGUUUCAGAAAUUUUAUGAAUUUUUUUUGGUUUGAAAACAUCCAAAGAAAAAAAUUGAAAAAAAAACUGAAUUUGAAUAUUUUUUCACUGUUUCAAAAUUCACAUGAAUUUUUCUGUGUUGAGAAAUUUUUUUCAAAAAUUCAAAAAUUCUUCCAACCCAAAUUUCUCACAGGCUGACCGUCGAAACUAUGUUUCCCUAAUGCGCGAACUUCGCUCCGAACUCAAUGAAUUAUCCGACAAAACUUCAAAAUCCUAUCUAAUUUCAUUUGCUGGCGCAGCUGGACAUUGGGUAUUGAAACCAGGUUAUGAUUUGGUGCAAUUAAUGAAAUAUUGUGAUUUUGUGAAUGUGAUGAGUUAUGAUUAUUUUGGAGCUUGGGCUUCGAAAUGGGGAGCUUAUACUGGUCCACCAGCUCCACUUCAUUUUGCGAUGCCCAAAAAGUGAGUUUUUCUAAAAUUAUUUUUGAAAAAAAUCUACUGUUUCAAAAUUUUCAUUAAAAAUUCUAGAAAUUUCUCGAUUUUUGGAUGUUUUAUCUCGAAAAUUAAACAUUUUUAAAUUUCCAGAAAAAUUACUGUUUCAAAAAAUAAUUAUCAAAAUUUUGGGACCUGGAAAAUUUGAUUUUCUUUUCACUGAUAGUUAUUUCGAAAAAAUUAAAAAUUUCCAUGUUUUACUGAAAUUUUUCUUUUCUAUACAAAUUUUCCCGAAAAUCUACUGUUUCAAAAUUUUUGUAUAGAAUUUUACAAUUUUUUAUUUUUGCUUUUUUUUGGAAAAUUUCACUGUUUCAAAAUUGUUUUAUUGAAAAUUCUAGAAUUUUUGAAUGAUUCUGGUUUUUUAAAAUUAUAAAAUAUCAAAAUUAAAUUUCUAGACAAUUCACUGUUUCAAAAAAUUAUUAUUAAAAUUUUUAGCAACAUUUUUUGGUUAUUAUAAAAAAAAAAUGAAAAAAAAAUUCACUGUUUCAAAAAUUUUUGAAAUUUUCAAGAAAAGUGCUCAAUUUUCUCCUCACAGAAUUUCACUGUUUCAAAAAUGUACUAUAAAAAUAAUGAACAGAAAAAAAAAAGAAAAAAUGAAAAAAAUAUAAAAUUCACUGUUCCAAAAAUUUGAGGUAUCAUUUUUCGAGCAAAAAAUUUUCCCGAAAAUCUACUGUUUCAAAAUUUUUUCAUAUUUUUCCAUGGAAAUCGAGAUUUGAUAUGUAUGUCGUAGCUUUUUUGUGAAAUUUUCAAUUAAAAAUUGUUAUUCUAAAUAGUUUCUAGUAGAAAUUUCAGAGCUAAUGAAAAAUCCACUGUUUCAAAAAAUAGACUUCAAAUUUUCGAAAUUUGUUUCAAUAGUGAAUGAAUAGUUGUAAUUUUCAAGAAAAAAAGCUCAAUUUUCCCCUCACAGAAAUUCACUGUUUCAAAAAAUGAUCAAAAAAAUUUUUGAGUCAGGAAAAUUUGAUUUUCUUUCUCAUAGAUUUUUCGAAAAAAAAUAAAAAAAUGUCCAUUUUUACUGUUUCAAAAGUUUCUCAACCUAAUUUUCUGAAAUUUUUUUUCCUAUACAAAUUUUCCCGAAAAUCUACUGUUUCAAAAUUUUUGUAUAGAAUUUUACAUUUUUUUAUUUUUGCUUUACCAAAAUUUUUUUCACUGUUUCAAAAUUGUUUUAUUGAAAAUUCUAGAAAUGCUGUCUUUUUUAAUUCAUAAAAUAUCAAAAUUAAAUUUCUAGACAAUUCACUGUUUCAAAAAAUUAUUAUUAAAAUUUUGAGCAGAAUUUUUUAGUUAUUAUAAAAAAAUGAAAAAAAAAUAAAUUCACUGUUUCAAAAAAUUUCAAAAAAAAAAAUGCUCAAUUUUCCGCUCACAGAAAUUCACUGUUUCAAAAAUUUACUAUAAAAAUUAUGAACAGAAAAAAAAAGAAAAAAAUGCAAAAAUAUAAAAUUCACUGUUCCAAAAUGUUGAGGUAUCAUUUUUCGAGCAAAAAAUUUUCCCAAAAAUCUACUGUUUCAAAAUAUUUUCAUAUAUUUUCCAUGGAAAUCGAGAUUUGAUGUGUAUGUCAUAGGCUAAUUGUGAAAUUUUCAAAUUAAAAAUUGUUAUUCUAGACAUUUCCGAGCUAAUGAAAAAAUGCACUGUUUCAAAAAUUUUUGAAAUUUUCAAAAAAAUUCUCAAUUUUCCCCUCACAGAAAUUCACUGUUUCAAAUAUGUACUAUAAAAAAUUAUGAAAAAAUUCACUGUUUCAAAAAAUUAUUAUUAAAAUUUUGAGCAAAACUUUUUUGUUAGAAAACAAUCAAAAAAAAAAAUAAAAAUAAAAAAAAAUUGAAAAAAAAUAAUCAAAAAAUUAAAAAAAAUAAAUUCACUGUUUCAAAAAAUUAUUAUUAAAAUUUUUAGCAAAAUUUUUUAGUUAACAUAAACUUCGUAAGAAAAAUUCACUGUUUCAGAAAAAAAAUUUAAAAAAAAAUUCUCAAUUUUCCCCUCACAGAAAUUCACUGUUUCAGAAAAUUAUUAUUAAAAUUUUGAGCAGAUUUUUUUCUGUUAGUAUAAAAAAAUUUUAAAAAAUAAAUUCACUGUUUCAGAAAAUUGUCGGCAAGCCUAAAACCUAUUCCAGAUUCUCGGGUCGAAUGAACGUGCACGCGACAAUGAAAGACUACAGUUGUCAAAUGCGCUCGACCGAAAAAAUCAACAUGGGCGUGCCAUUCUACGGUAGAUAUUGGAGAAAUGUCGGUGAACCUGUCGAUUCAUCAGAUGACAUGUGGCGAACUGCAAAACCAACAAAUUCCGAAGGAACAAAGUUCGACGGGGGUGAUAUUCAAUGGCGACAAUUAAAUGACACGUGGAAAUCGCGCGCGAAAUUUCAUCAGGGCGCAAAAGCUCCCUAUAUUUGGCUCAGCGAACAAAAAACGUUUGUCGGUUUUGAGAAUCGCGAAAGUCUUCAGAGCAAGGUCAGAUAUAUCAAUGAGCAUAAUUUGGGAGGAGUUAUGAUUUGGGCGAUCGAUUUUGAUGAUGAUCAGGGAAGUUUGAUGGAGAGCUUGGAUGUUUGUGGUGGUGAUGAGGGAAAAGGUGGGUUUCCGCAUGAUUCCGCGUCGCGUCGCGCCGCUUCUGUUUGAAAAUCCCAUUUUUGGGCCUGAAUCUAAUCUUUGUGGAUUUUUUUUUCGGCGAUGAAAAAUUAAUUUUGAAUUUUAGAACUUGCCACGUGAAUUUUCGGCCGGGAAAUUUUAAAAUUCAAAAUUUGCCACGUGAAGUUUUCCGCAAGGCUUCCGCGUCGCGCCGCGCCGCUUCAGUUAGAAAACCCCAUUUCCUGGGCUUCGAGUUAGAUUUAGCCUGAAUCUAAUCUUCGUGGGUUUUUUUUCGGCGCGAAAAGUAAAUUAAUUUUGAAAUUUAGAACUUGCCAAGUGGAUUUUCAGCGGGAAAAUUUGAAAUUUGAAUUUUUAAAAAUUCGAAUUUUUGAUUUUUUUUCUAAAUUAGCCACAUGGAUUUUGAGCGCGAAAAUUUGAAUUUCAAAAAUUUGCCACGUGGAUUUUCGGCGCGAAAAUUUGAAAAUUCAAAAUUUUCGAGUUUUUUUCUAAAUUUUUUGAAUUUCAAAAAUUUUUAUGGUUCCCGCCAAAUUUAAAUUUCGAAAUUUUCCACGUAGAUUUUUGGCGCGAAAUUGUUGAUUUUCAAAAAUUUUCCACGUGGAUUUUUGAGCGCUAAAUUUUUGAAUUUUUGAAAAUUUUCCACGUGGAUUUUAGGCGGGGAAAUUUGAAAAUUCAAAUUUUCGAUUUUUGCAGCUCAAAAUUGAAUUUCGAAUUUUCGACGUGGAUUUUUGACGGGGAAAUUUGAGAAUUUGAAAAUUAGAAAAAAAAUUUAAAUUUUCGAUUUUUUUCUAAUUUUUUUGAAUUUCAAAAUUUUCCACGUGGAUUUUUGGCGCGAAAUUUUCGAAUUUUAAAAAUUUUUGAAUUUUCCCGCCAAAUUUAAAUUUCAAAAUUUUUGAUUUUUCCCGCCAAAUUUGAAUUUCAAAAUUUGCCACAUGCAUUUUCGGCGCGAAAAUUUGAAAAUUUAAAUUUUCAAAAAAAAAUUCAAAAAUUCAAAUUUUCAAUUUUUCUUUCAAAAAUUUGCCACGUGGAUUUUUCCGCGUCUCUUCCGCGUCUCUUCCGCGUCGACAAUCUCUCAUCUUUUUGUUUCCAGAACAAUCUUCCGCCACCUCCUCAAAAUUCCCCUACAAAUGUUCGCCAAUCGACGAAAAACGCUGGUGGACCUACGACGACAAUCCGGAACUCGCGGGAAUGUGCGGAAAAUCCGCGCCGCUCAUCGACGGUUUCUAUCCGGUUUGCGAUCCGGAUGAUCCGGGACACGCGUGUUGCGGAAAAUACGGAUAUUGCGGAAGCGGCGCGGAAUUUUGCGCGUGUCCUGAGUGCAUUGAUUAUGGAGCGGAUCCAUCGUUGAUUUUGAAGGAACCGGUGAAACCGACACAAAAAGUGACGUGGUAUACACAGGAAGCGGAAGAUGGGAGACGCGGAAGAUGCGGAAGAGAAGGUCCGCCGCUGGAAGACGGAACUGCGCCAACUUGUAAUCCCGAUGAUCAGAAUGCACAUUGUUGUAGUAAUGGAGGAUAUUGUGGAAAUAGUAAGGUGAGUGGGGAUUUUCCGCAAGCUUCCGCAAGCUUCCGCCUAAGCGGAAAAGUUUUUUUCUAAUUAAUCACAGGUUAAAUUAAUUUUUUUGAUUUUCCAAAAUUUUCACUGUUUCAAAAAAUUUUCAAAAAAAUAUGAGAUUUUAUGUUUGGAUGAUAAUUUUGCAGCGUGAUUUUCCGCAAGCUUCCGCGUCAGCGGAAAAGUUACGCUAACUCUCUAAUUAAUCACGGGUAGUUAGCCUAAGUCAUUUAUUACCUAAUUGCAAGGUUAAAUUAAUUUUUGACUUUCCGAAAUUUUCACUGUUUCAAAAAAUUCUCAAAAAAAAAUUGAGAUCCAAUUUUUUGCUUUGGCAUCAAAUUUUGAGUCCAAACAUCUAUUUUUUUUGGGUUACUGUACUUUAUUCGUGCCAAGACCAAGAAAUUCAAAAAUUCAAUUUUCUGUAAAAAAAAUGAAUUUUCUUACUUAAAAAUCUCAAUUCUGAAGCUGGGGUACUGUAUUUAUAAAAUUUCAAUUUUCCUAGAUGGAUUACUGUAGCUCUGUUCAAAAGCUGAUUUUUUAAAUUUUCUAGAAUUUUCACUGUUUCAAAAAAUUCUCAAAAAAAAUUCGAGAUCCAAUUUUUCUGUUCUCAAGUGCAUUGAAUGAUUCCCAAUUUCAAUUUCAAACAAAUAUUUAACAUGAGCAAUUUAUUCCACCCGAUUUUUGGGAAAAACAGUUGGAAUUUGUGCUUGUGCAUUAUGUGGGUAAACAUAAUGACUCCUGGCUGAAUUUAUCAUCGGAUUCGAAUUUGGAACAAGAUUUUGGAGCUUUCGAUUUUGUUGAACAGAAGAUCGGAUUGAAUUCGGAUCCCAUUGAAUUGAUGGAACAUUGUAUAAGGAAUCCUCUUCUUCUUGGUACUGGAAUUUAG